AUGGCGGGCGUUCUCACACUGAACCUGGUGCUUCAGAAGUCCAAGACGGACGAUAUUCGCCGAGUUCGGAAGCUUAAUGUAUGCGCGUCGCAGAUCCAAGAUAUCGGCGUUCUGCGACAGGCUGUAGCGUUGGAGGUGCUGUCCAUGUCGCUAAACGAUAUUUCAGAGCUUGGCGCCUUGUCAAAUUGUCACAGACUGACGGAGAUUCACCUCCGCAAGAAUCAAAUCCGCGACAUCAACCAGGUGCUGCAUCUCUCUCGCUUGUCCUCCUUAGAAGUGCUUAACUUGUCCGACAACCCCAUCAGCCGUGACCCCAACUACCGACGCUUUGUCGUCGCCGCUAUUCCGUCGCUCGAGCGCUUCGAUGACCGCGACAUCACGGAUGAGGAGCGCGACAGUGCCCUCGCAGUAUUUCCGCAGCUGCUGAGUUUUGCACCUCCUCCGUCGAGGUACGCACAGCCGAUGGAGGGCAUCGCACCACCGACGAUCCAGGAGCGCCAAGCCCACGCGCAGGCGAGCAGGAUGUACGCCAGGAGCAGCAGCGCCACCAUGUUUGCGGCAGGCCAGCCCGACGUGCACCACAGGCAGGCCGCUAGCAGCGCCAGUGGUGGCGGGGGGGUUGGUGGGUACAACGGCCGUGGUGACUCGGCCGCCGGCAGCAAUCCACCCAUUCGGAGGGCCCCGCCUGCAUCGGUGCAUCAGGAUCCUCAGUACGGUGCUGCACCUACUCCUGCUCGCUCCAGCCCUGUCCCGCGUGCCCAGGCCGUCAACGACUAUCGGUCCGUCUCAUCUUUCCUGCCCGGGCCGUCCGAGGAAGGUGUGGUGCAGGCUGUCAAAGUGCUGUGCUCAGAGCUGUCGCCUGAAGGGCUAGAUGAUGUGCGUCACUUUAUCGACUCCCUGAGCGGGUAUUAG